CGGGCCGGGGCCGGGGGGACUCUGGGAAGCCGCGCCCGGACUCGUGGGCCCGGGGGACAGGAGCCCCUGAGCCGCGGCCGGCCCCGCCGCUCGCGGGCCCCGUCACCGCCGCUCCUGCGGAGCUCGGGGGGCCGGGGCCGAGCGCGUGCGUGCGUGUGUGCGGCGGCCCCGGCGGCGGGCGGCGGGCGGGGGGCCGAGCGGGGCGGCGCGGGCGGGCCUGCAGCCAUGAGCGGGGCGGCGGGCCGCUGCGUGGGGCCCAGCCGGCCGGGGCGCGGGCGCGGGAGGCCGUGGGGGAAGAGGGGCGCCGCGGGGGCGCCGCGCGGCCGGGGAGCGGGGCGCCGGGCGACGACCUCGGCGUGGGACACGCGCUGCGUGAGCGCAGAGAGGCUGCGAGACUGUCGGCGGCCCCGGGGGAGGAGAGCGGAGGCCGACGCGGCCGGGGCGGCGGGGGCCAACGGGCCGGAGGCCUCGGAGACCGCCGGCGCCGCAGGCUCGGCGGAGGCCGCGGGGGACCCGGGCGCCGUGUGGGUGGACGGCGCGGUGGGGGAGCCCCAGGUGGUGGGGCCUGUCGGGUCGGUGUGGGUGACGGGCACCGGCGGGGAGGAGGACGGGGCGCCUUACCAGAGCCCCCGGGGCUGUGAGCGGAAAGGCCGCCCGGGAUCCAUGGGGCACGAGAGCAUCCUGGAGCUGUGGCUGAAGGUGCAGGCUAUGCGGGCGGCGGCGGGGUGCGGGGAGGGAAGCAGAGUGGAGCUCCACCCGGUGCCCGCGGGAGAGGGCCCGGUUGACAGGGGCGUCCCCGGCAGGGCCUCCUGGGUGGAGACGAGCCGGGGUGGUCUCACGGGGCCCUGGGUGAAGGGACAGGCUCGGGCAAUGCCCCGGACCUCGGGAGUGUCCACAGGCGUUGGGCCCGGGGCGGGUUGUGAGAGGGUCCCAGGCCUGUGCGGGCGGGGACAGGCGGCUGGCCUGCUGCCUGGGGGUGUGCCUGGGAUGGUGCCCUACCUGCUGGGGAGAGGACAGGCCGCGGGUGGCCCGCGCCUGUGGACAGGGAGAGGGGCUGGGGGAGUGCCCCUGGUCCGUGGGGCAGAGGGCAGUCCCUGCAGGUGCGGGGGGCUCCUGGCCCAGAGACCGUCUGUGGGGACACCCCGGGCUCAUGGAGAGGGGGGCAGGCCUCGAGGGUGCUGCCUGAUGCUGUGGGGGCGCCCGGCAGGGUGGAGGAGGAAGCCAGCUGUACAGGUGCCCUGGGCGCGUGGCACAACGGACAGGCCGUGGAGGGGAUGGGGUCUGGGGGUGCUCCUGGCACGUGGGGCACUGGACAGCCCGUGCGGGUGCCUUGUGCUGUUGAAGAGGAAGCUAGAUGUGGGGGUGACCCAGGAUUCAGGGAACGGGGGCAGGCUGUGUGGGUAGAGACCGGCUCUGGAGGGGACCCGGGUUCCUGGGCAGCCGCACACGCUGCAGAGGCAUGCGGUCCUGCCGAGCUGCAGGUGGGCCCUGGAGGCGCUCCAGGCCUGUGGAGUGUGGAGCAGGGCCUGGGGGUGCCCA